AUGAUUAGGGAUAAGAACAACACUUUCAAAUGUUCACAUUGGUCGGUUCAGGCACAGCGUAUACCUACGGGCAACAAACGAGCUGGCGGACUAGCCAGAUUUAUUGAUGACGUGAUGAAGUCUCGCGUCCGGUAUCGCACCAUCAGCAUUUGGAUUCCGAUCAAUUGUGCUGUGAAGGACCAUCCGUUGGUCCUCACCAAUUUGCGCACUGUCACAGACACUGACUUGGUACCCGCAGAGCAGGUGUAUCCAUGUUACAUGGGCGAAGUGUUUGCCGGCAGGGGCAAUACUGGUCAGAGGUUCUGGUACUGUAAUGGUAUGGAUAGCACUGAGGUCGUGCUGUUCCAGGCGCUUAACAGCGGUGGGGAGCUUGAUGAAAAUGGGAGGUUGCAUAGUGCGCGACGUACCCAUGCUUCAUUCUGUGUCGACUGA